AAUAUCAUCUUGAAGUGAUUGAAGCGUUGCGAUUGCGGGAACAGCAUACUCUCUCUCGCUCUUUUACCUCAACUCUACAGACUCACGCUGUUUCAUCGACAUCUUCCCACACUAUUCUCGGACAGACUAAAAUACUGUCCGUAUUCUACCAAGAUGGCAUCGGAAUCAAUCGAAAUUUACGAGGCGCCUUCUGGUCUCCCCUUAAACCGAGACUUCAUCGUUGAAGCUCGCCCGUUAGUAGAAUCGAGAGAUGAUCCUCAACAAUGGCGCUCGGUUCCGGCAUAUGCAGUCGACGUCGCAAACGCCAACACCACGAGAAAUGCAUUCGACAGACACACGGUGGCUCUGGCUUCCUUCGAUUCAAGCGCACCGACAACAGUCAGGGUGAAAUAUAAGGCGAGUGCCAUUGAGACGGUUGCCAUACGGCCUCUUUCUCUGGGCAUUACAGCGCAAGUCGAAAACGACACGAUUGUCUUCAAUCUUGAUCAGCCACGGGAUGUAAUGAUAGAGCUCAACGGAGACAAGUGGAAAGCACUUCAUCUCUUGACCAAUCAGAUCGACAAAGAUGCGCCAACGGCUGAUUCCGAGGACAUCUGGUACUUCGGACCGGGCAUCAAUCAGGGUUCGGCAUAUUCUAAAGUCACCGACGGGGUCAACUUGAUGGUGCCUUCAGGCAAGACAGUGUAUCUGGCCGGCGGCGCUUUCAUCACUUGUCGACUGAACUUCAUUGACGUAUUCAACUCUUCUGUAAAAGGUCACGGCUUUAUCCUCGGGCCAGAGGGAGAGUGUAAGAACGUUCUUGUCAACAGGUAUCGAUCCUUUUCGUUUGCAGGCAAUGGCGAUGGAGUUGACUUCUUCUGCUCUUCGGACAUCACUAUCGAGAACUGUUUCUUACGAAACUCGGAUGAUACUAUCGCGCUGUACUCUCAUCGUUGGGACUGGUAUGGCGACUCAAAGAACAUCACGAUCCGCAAUUGUGUGUUAUUGCCGGACAUUGCUCAUGCCAUCAACAUGGGUACACACGGCAACCCAACAAAGCCAGAAACCACCAGCCAUGUUCACAUAAGCAACAUCGAUAUCUUGGACCACGAAGAGAAUCAGUUGUGGUACCAGGGGUGUAUCGCUAUCAACGCUGCUGACGAGAAUCUUCUCCAUGAUAUCCACAUCCAGGAUGUCAGAGUUGAGAAAAUCACAAAGGGACAGCUCAUCAAUAUUCGCGUUAUGAAAAACGCGAUGUGGACCACUGCUUCGGGUCGCGUCGUUCAUGACGUUCACGUCAAGAACAUGUCGGUCAAGCUACAAGGCUCGAAGGUUGUCAAUCCAUCGAUGAUUAUGGGAUAUAACCAAGAUCGGAUGGUGAAGAACGUCACGUUCGAGAACUUGAGGCCUAAGUGUUACAUGGUGGAAGACUUUGUACCCCUUUUCGUCAAUGAACACGUUGAAGGGGUGAAAUUCAGUAAGUCAGCAGAGUAG